AUGGCGACGACGCCUUACUCGUCUGCCAAGGAUAAGAUCUUCACCUUACCAUUCCACAAUAUCCCAGCUCCACCUCCAGAGUUGAAAGUUAUUCAGAGCCCACAAAACGAGAUGGAACCUAUGAUACUCCUCCAGCGCAAACAAGAAGCAGAAAGCACCGUGAAGGCUGCCGAGGGUCAACAAGACGCCCCCGAGACGAACAAGGCCGCUGAGAUGAAGUUGAAGAACAUCACAAUGCAUGACCCUAUCGACCUUCAACAUGACAUCCUUGGUACGGACAAGGCCACUCAGAUGAUCCCGGAAAGCAGCACUCUGCAUGAUCCUAUCAACGAUGUAGUCCCCGCUCAUGAUGAAGACUCAAUGGUUGAGACACGUGUACAGGUACCGCAAAAAGAAGUACAGGCAAAAAUAUCGGAAGAGGCUGUAGGAGAAGACUUGAUUGCAACGACGAGGCACGACUCCUCCGAGGAAGUUGCCGAUUCUGGUGUGGCUAAAGUAUCCCCCGUCAAAGAACGAAAGAGUGAAAGGAACGUUGAAGAGAAGACCUCCACACACAAGGACAGCCAGGGGGUUACAAAAAUAUCCUACGCCCAGAAGGCUAAUAUCUCUCUCGAUAUCUCGAAUUCCGAUCGUGAACUUAAGGCGGACACGAACUCUACCAAAGAAGAAAUGCAGACGAGUUCUUCCGCGCUCCCCCUCUCCGAAGGAGCCACUACUCCUGAAAUGACCACAGGAGGGAGUUCUGUCGUUGUGACGGGGCGCAAUCCUUUCACUCCUAGCACGAAUAUCAUUCCAGUCUCGGACACUACGAUGAUGAGCUAUGAAGAAUGUUGUAACAUGGCUGGACACGAUAUCACUGAAGCACCGACAGAAGAGAAGCCCAUAUUUUUAGAGCAAGGCAUUCCACAUACCGCUGCUAGAAAUAUCGCACCAAUCCUAAGCUACACAAUAGCGGUUAAGAACAAUCCCACAAUGGUUAAAGACGAGAGAGCUUAUCUACCCGAGGUUCUCUACCAACAUAGCUGGUUCCUAACAGCACCACUCAAUAAUGAGAAAGACUGGGAAGAUUACUGUGGCGGCAUUAACUCCGCUUUGGGUGUACAUUCAAUUGGUCGGUUUGGUGUUGACAUUGCCCCGGAUCAUUUUGUCGGCCAUCUCCCACGGGGUCGCAUAGUCGAACCAAAGCCCACUCUUUCGAAAUAUCAGUCUUCUGGUUUCCAAACACUGUGUCCUAAUGACAAAAUCGAGGGUAUCAAGCUCGCCAAGGCCAAAUCGUCGAUGAUGGUUGGCGCCCGUCGAAGUGAUGCGAAGAAUUCCGGUCUAGUACUUCGCGUCCAAUCCGAUGACAACAAGAUUGUGCAUUCAAUGCAGUUUCCACCUGAUCUGAGAGGCAUCAACAAGCUUCCUUUUAUCGGCGCGAACCGGUCGCCGGCUGCGCCUGGAUAUGCACCCAUAUCAGCAGAUAGAGGUUGCGAUGUCAUACUUCCUAAUAUCAUUCUUGACAACCCGGACAUUGUCUCGAGGGUCGCACCACGACCACUAGCAUCUUCACAGCCAGUUGCCUGUACGGGAGAAGGAGAUCCUGCAGAACCUUCUCUCUAUCUUCUCGAUAAAAAAAGGAAACGUCAGCAAUCGCUCUCACUAUCCUCGUCACCGCCAGCCCCCACAUUUAUAAACCAUACGCACACAAAACCACCCACGAGAACUCCAGAAUCCGAAGGUUCUAGGAAUAAUCUACCAUUCCAAGCCACACCAGAAUCCAAGCCCACUCACGAUUCGCCCGGGGGGCCGCCAGUGGUGCGCGAGAAGAAGCCGCGCGCAGACUUCAGCGCCCUCAAAGGUAUCAUCUCAGGGAACGGCCGAAGCCUGGUCGGAAAAGUCACCGUCCGAGCUACAAACACCGAGCAAGUUGAGGCCCAAAAAUAG